AUGGCCGACCGUGAGGCCAGCCUGAGCAGUGGUGCAACUGAUGAUGGCAACCACAAAGAGCUCGCUAUCAAGAAAGAGGCGAACAGCAAGCUAUGGAUUAAGAGCAACGGCAAGGUCGACUGGCACGCGGUGUAUACCAUGUUUUCCGCGCUUUUUGGUCAAGGCUGUUUCAUAUACUUCUUUUACCGCGUCUAUCUCGCCUAUGAGCGCAACGGCACGCUGUCGUGGUUGAUUAUCGCGGUCACCGUAUUCGGAGUCCUGUUCACUAUCCUGACGAUAUUGUAUGUUGGAGUACACCUGAUAGCGUGGUAUCUCGGCUGUCUGUGGUGA